AUGUCUAUUCCAGAGCCAUCAUCUGCAAGCCAACAAAACGGUUCUACGCACAAUGCUCUCAGUCAAAUUAAUGUCGCCCAAGUACCACGUACAAUCGGCAGCAGUGUUGACCAAUUCGCUCGGGCUCCCGCAGCAGAUAUUCCUUACUUCGCCGGUGCACGAAUCGCGGAGAGGUCAACACACCUGCGAGGCCUCUCAAAUCAGCUCAGCGCAAUGGAUCAAAUCAUGAACAAAAGGAAUUGA